CCGUAUCGAGAUCCUGUCCUGUAAACAUCGAAGAGUAAAGAUCGAAGAACGCUCCGUUAUUAUCGCUUCUCGCGUUAUUUUCGACCGUUUCCGACAAUUCCGUAGAACCGGUUACAACAGUCCAUGUUUGUGUUGAAGAAACAGAGUGUUGUAAAGCCACUUGAUGCAAUUGGCAGGAAAGAAGAGGAGCUUGUACUCAUUGUGAGAUUCACGCGGACACCACUGGGAACGAAGGUGUAACUCCUAAUAUGGUAAAGACUUUGAAUUUCUACCAAUCAAAUGCUCGCAUAAAGGUAACGAACGAAAUUCGAAGUUUCUGAUCUGGCGUUUUAAUUUUCGAAGCACGCCAUGUUUUUGUAGAAGGCUGCAAUUCUCAGCGAAUUACAGGUGACUUCAGUUUUCUUGGCAGAGAAGAACUUUGGAUAACUCGAACAGAUGGAUAUUCCUAAAGCAAUCGGAGUCAACAGUAAUGCGAAUCCACAAAGAGUUGCCCUGAAAGAAACUCAAGCCUUGAAAGGAAGACUUCAAGAAUGUAUGCAACUAUCAUCGGGGACCAACAACUUUGCUAAUCGUCAACAUGCCCAGGGACACAAUAUUAUGACUAACGGUCCACACAAACCUGCUUCUGCGACUCAGUUAUGUGUCAAGAAGGACUUGCAAGGGCACAAACCAAAUGGAAAGCAAGAACACAGUUGUUCUACACAGAGACAAAAUCUUAUGUCCUUAGCUCAAGCUCAGCGAACAGAUAACCAUGCAACUGCGGAACCACAGGACGAGAAUAAAGAAAAUCAAGAGAAGGGAAAAUCAAAGAACUCGAAGAACGCAAGGGCUUGUUGGUCACUAGACGACUUUGAUAUUGGCAAACCCCUUGGAAAAGGGAAAUUUGGAAAUGUUUAUCUUGCAAGAGAGAAGAAGAGCAAAUACAUUGUGGCACUCAAGGUUUUGUUCAAAUCCCAGCUGGAGAAAAAUCAUGUGGAACAUCAGCUAAGAAGAGAAAUUGAAAUUCAGUCUCAUCUCAGGCAUCCCCAUAUUCUGCGGCUUUUUGGAUAUUUCUAUGAUAGCACAAGAGUAUAUCUUAUUUUGGAGUAUGCUCCAAAAGGUGAACUGUAUAAAGAGUUGAACAAAGCUGAGAGAUUUGACGAGAAAACCUCAUCAAAUUAUAUCCGUCAACUGGCCCAGGCCUUGAAGUACUGCCAUUCAAAAAAAGUGAUUCACAGAGACAUUAAACCAGAAAACUUGCUUCUUGGGCUUAAGGGUGAUUUAAAGAUUGCAGAUUUUGGAUGGUCAGUUCAUGCACCUUCUUCAAGACGAACAACACUCUGUGGAACAUUAGACUACCUCCCUCCUGAGAUGAUUGAAGGAAAGGCACAUGAUGAAAAGGUUGACCUAUGGAGUCUGGGGGUGUUGUGUUACGAAUUUCUAGUUGGAAAGCCACCUUUUGAAGCUGAUGGCCACCGUGAAACAUACCGCAAAAUUUCAAGGGUUGACCUUCAUUUCCCAAGUUACGUGUCGGAUGGGGCAAGAGACCUUAUUGCAAAGCUUCUUAUGCAUGAUCCCAGUAAGAGACUUCCCCUCAAUGGCGUGCUGGCACACCCUUGGAUUAGGAAUAAUGCCCACCCUCUGGACACACUGCAGCAGCUACCAACAGACAGUGCAUUGACAUGUACAGGGACCAAGCACUAGAUAGUUAAUAGAUUGUAAAUUGUUGCAAAUAGCUGAGCACAACCAAAUUACAAGAAGACAAUUCAUGUGUAGAUACAAGCAUGAAAUGCUUGAUAGCCCCACCACUACUGAAUAAGGGUGCACCUUAUGUCAAAUGAAUCCAAAUUAAUUAAAAGUGUACUGCAUGUGUGUACUUGAAAAUAUCUGCAGUCGAUCGAGAAAAAAAAGCAAAGACGUUGCUAGAAGGUUUUUUGUGCAUGUUGAAAGACAAUGUGCCUUGGUAAAAUGUAAAAUCAUGCCAUUAUUAGAACAAGUUUAAAACCAGUGAUAAUUCCAGUUCCAUCACCAUCACAGGUACAUAUAGUCUUUGCAAAGUAAGGUAAAGUAAAGGAAAGUAAAUUAAGUUUAUGUUAAGAGAAAGUAAAAAGAUUUAUCAGAAAUUUUCCUCGGUUCGAUAGGCUUGUUUGUUUGAUACUGUACAUUGUAAAUACAUUUGUGUGCUUCUUUUCCAAUUUAACUGCAGUUAUUGUAGUUACUACACAUUAUGAAUUAAAAUCAUAGCAGCUUUUUGGUAUUUGGAGGUAUAGUAAGAUUAUAGUAAGGAUGAAAGGAAACCAGAGUCUAAAAUAAUGUUGGGAUAUCUCUUAAUAAGAAAAGUUUACUUACAAUAAUCUGUAAGUCAGUCAGCUUUGAGGUCAUCUAUCAGUAGUCAGUAGAGCUUUAUAGGAUUGGCCGAAAACUAGCUGAAAAGUUUACUUUUAUUAGCGAGCACAACUUACAAUAAUUUUUUUGGUGUUCUUUCAAUUUAAAAAACAUGUUUGAAUUUGCUGUUAAAAACCAUCACUGCCAUAAAUAUUUUGUGACAGUAAUAAAAGAUGAUCUAAUGUACAGAUCAAA